UAACCGGCUGCCAAAGGAGUGCCGGGUCCCUCCCUCCUCCCUCCCGCUUUGUUGGGACCUUGCCUUGGAGGGAGGGAGGGACUGGCCAAGGCCGGCCCUUUGGAGCAAGGUUCCUGGGCUUGUUGGGAACCUUUUGUCCCUCCUGGGCCUGCUGACGCCGCGCCUUCUUGCAACAUGCGGGAGCCGAGGCGGGAGGGGCUGAGCAGCGGGAGCGCCGGGGCCGGACUCUGCCUAGUGGGAGCCAUGGCUGGGCCCUGCUGCGCCCUGCUCUACGGCUUCCUCUUCGAGUACGACACCCCGCGCAUCGUCUUGAUCCGGAGCCGCAAAGUCGGCCUCAUGAACCGCCUGGUCCAGCUGGCCAUCCUGGCCUAUGUCAUCGGUUGGGUCUUUGUUUGGGAAAAGGGCUACCAAGAAAAGGACUCGGUGGUGAGUUCCGUGACCACAAAAGUCAAGGGUGUUGCUGUGACCAACACUUCGGAGCUGGGCCUCCGGGUUUGGGAUGUUGCCGAUUAUGUGAUUCCCCCGCAGGAGGAGAAUUCUGUAUUUAUCAUGACAAAUUUGAUCAUCACACUGAAUCAGACACAAGGCAACUGUGCAGAGCUUCCGGAUGAGACAACCAUUUGCCAGUCUGAUAAGAAUUGCACCAAAGGAUACAUCGGCACUCACAGUAAUGGUGUUCAGACUGGGAGAUGCGUCCCUUAUCCCAAGGACACCACAAUCAAAACAUGCGAGGUGUUUGCCUGGUGUCCGGUGGAGAACGAUGAGAAGGUACCCAAACCCGCUUUCCUCAAGGAUGCGGAGAACUUCACUCUUCUCGUGAAGAACAACAUCUGGUAUCCCAAGUUCAACUUCACAAAGCGAAACAUCCUCUCUAGUACCAGUAAAGCGCAGCUCAAAAACUGCAAAUACAAUGCCAAAACGGAUCCUGCUUGCCCAAUCUUCCGUCUCCGCGACAUGGUGGAAGCCGCGGGGCAGGAUUUCCAAGAGAUGGCUGUCGAGGGUGGAGUGAUGGGUCUGCAGAUUAACUGGGACUGUGACCUGGACAAGCCGGCUUCACGCUGUGUGCCAAAAUACACCUUCCGUCGCAUUGACAACAAGGAUUCGGCCCACACUGUCUCCCCUGGAUACAAUUUCAGAUUUGCAAAAUAUUACAAAUCCCCCGAUGAUGUUGAAUCCCGGACGCUGAUCAAGGCCUAUGGCAUCCGCUUUGACAUCAUGGUGUUUGGGAAGGCAGGAAAAUUUGAUAUAAUUCCUACAAUGAUUAAUAUCGGAUCUGGUUUAGCUCUUUUUGGUGUGGCAACUGUCCUGUGCGAUAUCAUUGUCCUGUACUUCAUGAAGAAACGGUAUUAUUACAGAGAGAAAAAAUACAAAUAUGUUGAAGACUAUGAAUUAGAAGCCAAUACGUCCUACGGAUCCCAGUCAGAUAGUCGGGACUUCCAUGGUGACAGAUGACGGCUCCAAAAUGCUGCAAUGGACACUGGCUCAUUUCACAGGGAGACAAGGAAUGGGAUGCAUUGCUCAGGAACGGCCCAACUGGCCUUGUCUUUCUAAUAUGGGUGUAUGGGAAAGACGCUUUUGAAAUGAUCACUUUAUUACCGUCCGGCAGGGACUUCUUCAGAUUCGCUUCUAUUUUUGAUGCCUCAGUUAAGUUGGACGCACUUCCAGUUCUUAAAGGGAAAAUAGAUUGGGGCAUUCUGUAAAUAAUAAUUGAGCACUUUCUGUGAAAGUUUCUUGUCGGGGAUUUGAUCUGAGGGAAUUCCAAGUUGGGCCUCUCAAGUGUAGCUAUGAAUGUCAAGGCAAAUUGCCUCACGUUUGUAUAUUUUUUCCCCAGCUGUGGACGACGUAUCUUGGCUACUAGAACUGACGUACAUUUGAUUUGACACCUUUGAUCCUUCUUUUGUAGCCUUCUUGGCUGUUGUCUUAGGCUGGAUUUAUAGUGUCAUAUACUGCAGUUUCAGAAUGCAGUUUAACUUCAUUGAACCGGAUUAUGUGGCAGUGUAGACUCAUAUAAUCCAGUUCAAUGCAGUUAGUCUGCAUUCUGAAACUGGAUUAUAUGGCAGUGUAGAAGCAGCCUUAGUUGGGUUGGUUCCACUGCUGCCGGUUCAUAGCAGGUGCCAAUUUGCUCAGGUCUUGGGCCAUUUCGCCCUGCUGUCAGAAGGCGGAAAAUAAGCCUUAGGCCGAAACCAUAUUCGAAUCCUUGUUCAAUCUUUCUCUUCCUCAAUGAUCAGCAUUGAAGUCAUGUUCAUUUUGCUUCGGUUGUGUUUGCGCCUUCCUUUCGUUGACCUUUCCAGUAGAUCUCAAAGUGGGAAUUUUCUUCAGAUAUCUGCCCGCAGGACACCAGAUGGAGGAAUAAAGGGAGGAGGAGAGAGAGAAUGAGAGAGCGAUGGGAAAGGGCCCAAUGAUGAAUGAUUAGGGAUUAAAAUAGCUCUGGCCCUGGCUGCAAUUGAAGACGAAGCUCCUGGAAUAAUAUAGCAGAUGUUUAAAACAGAUUGAAGUGUCACACUAGGCAUGGAGGGUGGAACACAGUGUUAUCAGAGCCUUCCCUCCUUUUUUUUCCUCAUCAGCCUGUUCCUAUUUGGCCCGACUGUUGCAAGAUGACGGAGCAAAUGUCCAAACCAGAGAUGAACAAAGCGACCGGGGUCAGUUUAGGUCAAGGGAAAACCUUAUGGACCCAAGACUGCAAGUGGAAUCCCAUCCCGUAGCUAGACUUCUCAAUUCACACACACACACACACACAGCAUAUAUUGGCAUACAACAAAAUCCCAACAAGAGGAAGUUGUGGAUAAAAAGAAAGUUGUCAUUUGGGGAGACUCUUUGGCAGACAAGACCGAAGCCCUUCCAAAACUACAACUGCCACAAUUCCACAGCAUUGAGCCAUGGAACUGGAUUAUCUACAGUGUAGAUGCACCCAUUGGGAAGAUAAUCCAGCUUCCAGACGUGUAAGCGUGUCUGUGUUACUUAUUUUUAUCUUUAAUUUCUUCUUUCUUUGUUCUCGGCUUUGUCUAAUUUGUUCUCUGCAGCAGAGAGUGAGUAAAUAAAUACUGAAAAGGCCUCCAACUUCCACCAUCAGGGUCCCGUUCAAUAUUAAUAAAUAAAUAAAUAAAUAAAGUCUCUUGUUUUACAAGCUGACAUUUGUCCUUUCCAAAGCUUUUCCAGGGCAUUUUUAAUGGGUCUGCUCUCUCCUUGAAUGCAGAAUUUUGCUAAAUUCCAACACUGACCUCUGCUGUUUUUUCCCUGACAAGCCAAUCUCAAAACAAUUUAAAUCGAAAUAUAUAUAGGACACUAUCAAAGCCCUCUCGACAGAUGGUCAUUCAGCCUGUCAUAGAAUCCAAGAGUUGGAAGGAUGCUUAAACUAGUUUGUUCUCAUGGUCUGAUAUCAACAAUUUACUCCUAGCCCUGUCCCAUUUGCACACAAGAGCCAGAAAUGUUAUUUACUGUGAAUUGGACACGGAAUGAUUGCUAUUUGUGACAUUUUGCACAAAAAAUAAAGACAAUGAGCAUUUCA